AUGUCCCAUUCACUUAAUAAGCUCCCCAAGCCAAAAGGUAGACAAUGCAAACGCCCUCUACCUCAGUCCGACUCAGAUGAUGAUGAACCGUGCAAGAAAACACAAAAAUUAGAAGAAAAUUCACCCAUGAAGUCCAUCGAUUCUAAUGGCAGAGGAUGUAAACGCCCUCUACCUCAGUCUGACUCAGAUGAUGAUGAACCGUGCAAGAAAACACAAAAAUUAGAAGAAAAUUCACCCAAGAAGUCCAUCGAUUCUAAUGGCAGAGGAUGUAAGCGACCUCUACCUCAGUCUGACUCAGAUGAUGAUGAACCGUGCAAGAAAAAACAAAAAUUAGAAGAAAAUUCCCCCAUGAAGUCCAUCGAUUCUAAUGGCAGAGGAUGUAAACGCCCUCUACCUCAGUCUGACUCAGAUGAUGAUGAACCGUGCACGAAAAAACAAAAAUUAGAAGAAAAUUCACCCAUGAAGUCCAUCGAUUCUCAUGGCAGAGGAUGUAAGCGCCCUCUACCUCAGUCUGACUCAGAUGAUGAUGAACCGUGCAAGAAAACACAAAAAUUAGAAGAAAAUUCCCCCAUGAAGUCCAUCGAUUCUAAUGGCAGAGGAUGUAAACGCCCUCUACCUCAGUCUGACUCAGAUGAUGAUGAACCGUGCAAGAAAAAACUGAAAUUAAAAGAAUGUUCUUCAGAGUCUUUCGGUAGUGACGUAAAGUGGGGUAAGAAGAAUUCGAAGAGGGUAGGACGCCCCCGGUUAGGUAUGGGCCAAAGGAUAGAAGCCGAGGGCUGCCCAGUCAUCCGUCCUGAGGAUCUAAAAAUUGGCAAAAAGUUGGGUAAAGGAGUUUUUGGCACCGCUUACUAG